UGACAUGUCGGUCUCAGAUCUUAAGUCUCAGUAGCACCUAUAAAAAAUGCUUUGGUGUAAUUUAAUAUAGGUUAACUAAAUCUCUGAAUUGUCGAAAUAAGCAUUAGGAACCAGCGAGAAAUUGUUCAAUAUUUAAUAUAAUUAAUAAUAACAGUUAUAUUAAUUAAAGAAAUAUUAUUCGAUUACCAUGAAUUCGUUAAGGCAUUUAUGGCGAACAACAUCUAUUGUGCGAAAUGUACUAGUGAAUAACAAAACAUUCACAAGGCAACUUGCCACUGCCACUAUAACUCCAAUAAAACCUAUUGAAGAUGUACCAAGUCCAGUGGAACUUGACAAACUUUACAAGAGAGUGGAGUUAGAAAUGCGGGGUAUAGAUCCCGCUGUCUUACUCAGCUACUCCUGGUUCUGUAUUGCUGCUGCCUCUCAUUUAGGCAUAGAAGUCACUAAAAGCUGGGCGCUAAGGAAAGCAGAGAAAGAAAGGCACACGCUGCUAAGAUGUGUCCACAUUUACAAAAAACACAGAGUACAAUAUGAAAUCAGGACAUAUUUUAGAUUUGUUCACCUACAACGGCUGACAGGAUCUACUUGUGACACAUAUUUAGAAUACAUACAGAGAAACCUUCCGGAAGGAUGCGCUUUGAAAGUCACUAAAGUUGAAUGUCAGAAUUUACCGGAACAUUUGACACCGCCAAAGGAAUAAAUUUAAUUUAUAAUUAAGUAGCUAUAGAAUAAAGAGUUCUGUUUAACAAAA